AUAUAUCCAGUCUCUAUCAUUGUCGUCACCAUCAUCCAUGCUCAGCCCCACUGUUAGAUGAAGAGCUCCUCAGCCCGACGCAACUUCUCACGAUCUUGUGAUGCACUAAUCCACCUCGUGUGUGACACACGAGCUGAAUUCAUCACUCCGUCUCCUCGGUGUUGUGUCAUCUCUGAUGUAUUCCAUUCCUUGGCAAUAUAUCCCGCAUAAAGCCAAGCGUGGCGUACCUAACAGUGAAGUUCCAUUCCUUAAUUCUCUUGUCAUGUAUUCUGUCACGUAAUUGUACUCUCAACGCUGUGAUAGUAAUUUCACCGAGCAAAAUUACAUUAUAAGACAUAUUUCUUCUUCUGAUAUUAAGAUGUAUUUGCACGGUAAUUAUAUUUCGCUUAUAACCCAGUUCGUCCUGAUGUGAUUAUGAUAAUGCUGCUGUUAUUGUGUUUUCUUUCUGCACUUUGCUUUAAGUAUGUUAAAACAAGUUUGGUGACUCAGGGUCACUCUAGCGAAUGAGAUUAUCCUGGUCUCUUGAAUUCUGCCCUGGUUAAACAAAAUUUUAUAAACCAUAAGAGGUAUAGGAAAAUUCAACACGUUUGUUGGUUACAUCGCGGCCUCAAAAAGGGAAAAAUACAAUCGGUGACGUUUUGGACAAUGGCCCUUCCUCAAAGAAAAUGACGUAGAGGCCAGAGAAAGUCAAAUUAAUUUGAGAUUUCACUUUGAUGAAAAUAAAAAAAACAUUAUUUACUUACGGAUAAACAGUUUAAAUUGGCUUACCAAUAGUUACCUAUCAGUAAAAAUUGAGCAAGCAGAAACCCCCAUCCGCAAGUAAAAUGAUAAUACGUUGCUGGGACCUGAUCGAGUGACCGAGUUGCGUCUGGCCAAUGAAAACACCGCUUGUCGAAAGGUGCGCUGACUGAACAAUGAUUGGUCUACCGUGCUCGGGACCUCUGGUGGCCAUGUGACCUCUGCCUGCGCUCCGAUUGGAAGUCAUCAACCCUGUUACUCACCAGGGGGGGGGGAGGGGGGCAGCAGUGAUCAGAUUUUGCCAAGCUUUGGGCAACUGAUUGUCUGAAAAUUGUACAUGUGCAGCAAACAUUAUUAACCGGGUUUGGCUCGGACAGAGUGAUGAUGCCACCAAUCACCGGUACUUGUUGGAGAAUGGUGGUGGUGUGUGUUUCACUGCAAACUGGACAUUUUUUUUUAUAUUGAUGGAGACAUACUUCGUGUCAAUGUUAAGCUGAUUAUGUGGAUGAGAUAAUAGCCCACGAGAGCAUCCUACCGAACAGGUCAUUAUCGUAACGCAGCCCUCUAAAGUGAAGAGUUUAGUCGACCCUGGUUCACCGUUGAAUGCAUUAAUCAGAGCUCUGAGCUGAGUUGCUGGGUUUGAAUCUAGAGUUUAAACUCACUGCCUAUGAUUAGACAGGGGUUUGAAACGUAACCGGUUGAUCGCAUCAGCUCAGUUUCCAAUGAACGCACACAGACACACAAACCCUUGUCAAAUUAUGUCUGGCUUCACCCUUGUUUUAGGAAAAUUCCAUUUCUAUUUAGUAUAAAAUAUAUCGCUUUGAAUGUCGUCUUUGUGGCAGGGCGAGUGGAAAAAUGCUGCCCCAUAGUGCAUGUAGAAGCGGUAACUGAAGACAUCUCAGAGGAAUCUCCUGGACAUGGACACGUUCUCCAAGUCGGACCCGAUUUGCGUGAUGUACGUCCAAGCCGUAGGCAGCCAGGAGUGGCGGGAGUUUGGCCGCACGGAGGUGAUCGACAACACUCUGAAUCCGGACUUCGUGCGGAAGUUCAUCAUGGACUACCUGUUUGAAGAACGGCAGAACCUCCGCUUUGACCUGUUUGAUGUGGAUUCACGAAGCUCCAACCUCUCCAAGCAUAAGGACUUCCUUGGACAGGCGUUCUGCUCACUGGGCGAGGUGGUGGGCUCAGUUGGGAGCCGCUUUGAGAAGCCCCUUGGGGGAAUACCUGGAAAGAAAUGUGGGAGCGUAAUUCUGACGGCUGAGGAACUGGGAAACUGUCGGGACAUUGCCACCAUGCAGUUCUGUGGAAACAAGCUGGACAAGAAGGAUUUCUUCGGCAAGUCGGACCCCUUCCUCGUGUUUUACCGCAGCAAUGAGGACGGCUCGUUCACGAUCUCGCACAAGACCGAGGUGGUGAAGAACACCCUGAACCCCGCGUGGCAACCCUUCAGCAUCCCCGUGCGCACCCUCUGCAACGGGGACUUUGACAGGACCAUCAAGGUGGACGUGUACGACUGGGAUCGAGACGGCAGCCACGACUUCAUCGGAGAGUUCACGACCAGCUACAGGGAGCUGGCGCGCGGACAGAACCAGUUCAACAUUUACGAGGUGAUCAACCCAAAGAAAAAAGCCAAAAAGAAAAAAUAUGUCAACUCUGGCACAGUGACCCUGCUGUCCUUCAAAGUGGAAUCUGACUACACCUUCCUGGACUACAUCAAAGGAGGGACCCAAAUUAACUUCACUGUGGCGAUUGAUUUCACCGCCUCCAAUGGCAGCCCGUCCCAGCCCACGUCCCUGCAUUACCUGUCGCCGUACCAGCUCAACGCCUACGCUCUCGCGCUCAAGGCCGUCGGGGAGAUCGUGCAGGACUACGACUCCGACAAGAUGUUUCCCGCGCUCGGAUUCGGGGCGAAGCUGCCGCCAGAUGGACACGUGUCCCACGAGUUUGCGUUGAACGGAAAUCCGCAAAACCCGUACUGCAGCGGGAUCGAGGGGGUGCUGGAGGCCUACUACCAGAGUCUGCGCUCCGUGCAGCUUUACGGCCCUACCAACUUCGCGCCCGUCAUCACGCACGUCGCCAGGUACGCCGCGUCGGUGUCGGACGGCUCCCAGUACUUUGUGCUGCUCAUCAUCACGGAUGGCGUCAUCUCGGACAUGGCGCAGACCAAGGAGGCCAUCGUGCACGCGGCGAGUCUUCCCAUGUCCAUCAUCAUCGUCGGGGUGGGACCGGCAGAGUUCGACGCCAUGGAGGAGCUGGAUGGAGACCAGGUGCGAGUGUCGUCACGGGGCCAGGAGGCCGAGAGGGAUAUUGUCCAGUUUGUUCCAUUCCGGGACUACGUGGAUCGCGGAGGCAGCCAGGUGCUGAGCAUGGAGCGCCUGGCCCGGGACGUCCUGGCCGAGGUGCCGGAGCAGUUCCUCUCCUUCAUGAGGUCCCGCCGGGUCCCACCGCGCCCCGCUCCACCCCCUUACACGGCAGCGGGGGGCCAGGGGGGGCCGGGGGGCCCCGGCGGUCAGGUCGAUGGCUCCUUGGGGGCAAACGCAUAGCCGGCAUGGCACCGCACGCCCGGGGGCACCGCUGGUCGUUAUAACCGUCAUCUUCACCGUCUCUUAUUCAUCAGCCGUGUUUUAUCCGUUGCCGGGUGAAGGCCUCCCCCCCCCAUAGCCCCUGCCGCACCCAUCCACCCAAACCCCGCUGGUGCCUUCUCAGACGGUCCAGCGAUGCCACGAUCCAUCGCGCUCGCGCGCAUGGGCCGCCCUCAUCGCUUCAUGUUAACGGCGGCGACCCCCCACGGCUCACGCAGCUCUUGUACGAUCAGAAUAUUUAUUUACGCUGGAGGAAUCCGAUGAGCUAUGAAGCUCUUUUUCACGGAUGAUUUGUUUCCUGUGCAGAGCGAUUCCACGGCAUGCGUGGUCACGUCGAUCACAGAGGAAGCAAUCAUUGCGAUCGUAAUGUUGUGGAAUUAUAAAUAACGGUUGUAGACAUGUAGUUUCAGUGAUCGUAAAAAAAAACGUUAAGUAUGUUGACGAUAUAACAAUGGGUAGACUGGCUUGUGCUAUAACGGAGCACGCUCACGGAACACCCCGGAGGAAUCACCCCUCCGCCAGCAAAUCAGCCUUCCACACCGACGAUUCCACAGCUGCGCUCUGUUUAACCAGGGCAGCUUCGUUGAGGAGUCGAGACCUGCUCAACAAAAAAUAACACCGCCAUUAAAACACUGGCCUUGGAAGGCUUCUAAGCAGUGGCGUCGUGUCGUUGGUUGCCAUGGGUCCUGGCGCAAGGAACGGAACGGGGCCCCCUGUUCACUCCCCCCCACCACCGAUUGGUAGCCCGAUGCCUGGGCUACCAAUCGCUCAUGUGCCCGUAGGCUAAAGCGCUUGAAAGUUUGUUUUUAUAUGGAAAGAAAGGCGGCCUCCCGUCUAGUUGUUUAUUUAUUUGCCACCCAUAAUAAACUAAACUUAAAAAAAACUAUUUUUUUUAUUUUACCAGGUAAGGUCCACUGAGCGAUGUAGCUCUUUUUCAACGGUUUUACUUAUUUAGAAGCGAACCGGCCACAAGCGAUAGGUCAACGAAGUGGCUCAUGACGUGGAAAUUUAUAGCGGCAGCCAAACACUCUGAACGCGUGAUGUUUAUUCAAAAUGUGGAGGGAAAACCCCGAGGACCUGGAGAAAAAUCCACGCGACCACGGGGAGAGAGACACCGCAAGCUCCAAAUAUACAGCAGGCGUCAGGGUCGGGAUCGAAUCCACAACCUCCUGUACACCAGGCGAGGUAGUUAACAUCUCGCCACCGCGGCGCCUAGUCUCCAUAACAGCAAAGCCUUUGCAUCGUGUACGUGGGUCGGGUUGGAAUCGUCGUACACCCGCCCCCCCCACCCGCCCCACCCCACCCGCGCCCUCACCCCGCUGACCCACGUGGGAUGAGUCACGCUGCCGCCGAGCGGGCUUCGACGCGCCGGCUCCACGGGGACCGCACCCGCGUGCCUCUCGUGUCCCCACGUGACGGUCUCGUCAGAGCAGCGAGCCCGGACGCGUUGCCGCGAGUAGCUCCGUUGCUCCCCCCACCCCCCCCCCCCCCCCCGGGAUUUGUAACAGCGCCCCCCCCCCUCCAUCCCCCACCGUGCUCUCUGCGGUGCCCGCAAGCGCCGCCGUGGCUCUUCCCCACAAUUGGCACUUAUUCGUGAAAUCUCGCUUUGCUUUACAUCAUCGACACCGGCUGUCCAAUCCGUCAGCUCAUUAGCGAGACAAUGCGUUUUUGUCUUCCCCUACUCCCCGUUUGCUUCAACGUUUGUGUCGUACCGCCCAAGUACGCGGUGGGGGCGUAGUCAGUCUCGUAGCCGCACGAGACUGUCAUCUGCGAACCUUGAUUCUCUCUAAUCGGGUUGUUAUUGCCUCCAACUCUGUUCUCAUAUCAUCACUUUCCAGUCUGUGCAGUCCCGAUACUCUUCCUGGAAUCCCGCCCAAGCAGUCCAUCUCGCACACUCAGAUCGUUCUCUCAUUGAGCUCCCUCGUCAUACGGGAUUCUGGACCAUAGAUCAGUACCGGAGGGACCAUCGACUUGGAAAGGCCUCGAUCCUGGGCACUGUCACUAUGUGGGUAGGUGGUCAUCGCUCACUUUUAAAUGAAAGCAAAAACAAAAAUGUUUUCUUCACACAUUGUUAGCGGAUUCAGAACAAGUUGGGAAAUAAUGCCUUGCACAAGCGUGGAUUCUGUAACAUUUGUCUUUGCAAGUAUUUAAUGAGCAGUAUGCAAGCUGACGGGCAGUUUUCAGGGAAAAAUGCGUUUGCAUGCUUGCAAAUUGUCGUCUUUGCUCUGGUUUGCGUCUCCAAGAUCUAGAUAAGAACGCUUUGACCAAUGUGGCCGUUGCAGGGCGAGGCUUAAGCCCCCUAGCA